CAAAGCCGCCCCAGCCAUCCCCUUUCUCAGCUCCUUCUUCGGAUCCAGCGCAAAGCCCGACUCCCAGAACACCAAAACCCCCAACAUGUCGUACCCCGACCAGCGGAGUGAAGAUGCGUGGCAAGCCGUCCUAAGCCCAGAACAAUUCCGCAUCCUCCGCCAAAAAGGAACCGAACGACCAGGCACGGGCGAAUACGAUUCUCAUUACCCCUCGCAGGGAGUCUACAACUGCGCGGGCUGCAACGCGCCGAUCUACAAGGCAUCGCACAAGUUCAAGUCCGGGUGUGGAUGGCCGGCAUACUUCGAUUCCAUCCCGGGGGCGGUGACGAGACAUACAGAUAGCUCGUUUGGGAUGGAGCGCACGGAGAUCGUGUGUAGUAACUGUGGGGGACAUUUGGGUCAUGUGUUCAAGGGGGAGGGUUAUAAGACGCCGACGGAUGAGAGACAUUGUGUCAAUAGUGUGAGUUUGCGGUUUACGGAGGAUGGAGGGGAGGGGAAGGCUGGUAUCUAGUGACAUAUUAUGGAAAAGUAGGGUAGAUAAAGGGGUGAGUGGUGGUUUGAUAUGGAUCUUCGGUGUGAGGUGGGGUGUAUACUGUGUAUGUAGGUAAGGGCCUAUAAAAUAGCUAUUAGAUGAAGCAUGAGGAAAUGAG